AUGAGUUCCAGUUAUCUCGCAAACGUGCCGAAGUUGAAGGGUCGCGAAAACUUCGACGAUUGGGCGUUCGCAGUUGAGAACUUGCUUAUAUUGGAGGGCGCGGACAUUUUCCUGAAGCAAGAAGGAACGGGCGAUGCAGCGGCGACCGAUGCAAAGGCGCGUGCUAAGAUGAUUUUGACGAUUGAUUCAUCAUUAUUCGUGCACAUAAAAGAUACAACGACCGCGAAGCAAUUGUGGACAAAACUUCGUUCUUUGUUCGACGAUUCAGGUUUUUCUCGGAAGAUUACGUUGCUUCGUCAUCUGAUUUCUAUAAGGUUAGAAAAUUGUGAGAAUAUGACGAAUUAUGUGACACAAAUUGUUGAAACGUCUCAACGUUUGAGCGGAACAGGAUUCGCUAUCAAUGAUGAAUGGGUUGGUUCAUUAUUGCUUGCCGGAUUACCAGAGCGAUUUAUGCCUAUGAUCAUGGCCAUCGAGCACUCCGGAAUUCAAAUAACGGCUGAUUCGAUCAAGUCAAAAUUACUUGAUAUGGAAGUAGCGGAUUCAGGUGAAUCGGAACGUAACUCAGCACUGGCAGCAAAAUGGCGGAAUAAAUCGAGCAAAGGGGGCAACACUAAUAAACAUGGCGGACAGAUCCCGAAUACGUCAAUGUCAAAAUCGAAUGUAAACAACACAAAAACAAUAACUUGUUAUCGUUGUAAGAAAACUGGACAUUAUCGGAACCAGUGUCCACUUUUAAAGGAGAAAACAGUAAACAAGAAACAAAGUAAUGCUUUCAACGUUGUUUUUCUCAGUGGCGGUUUCAGUAAAAGUGAUUUUUUUAUUGACUCUGGUGCAAGUAUGCAUAUGACGCCGAACGAAUGUUGGAUGAAAAAUGUUAAAUACUCAUCAAGUUUACCAGAAAUAGUUGUCGCCAAUAAGAAAAAACGAUACGAAAGUUCCCGUUUUAUGUUCAGGUGA